AAAUAGAAGAGUCAGCGUUAUGUCAUUUGAUUGUAUUGUUGUCAUGGUUAUCACGCUGUCAAUCAAGCACUGUCAGACAACAAGUGACUUUGACAUGAUCUUGACCAAUAGMCGUGAAUCAUAUUUGAACUACACAGGAAUCCCAGACUUACGUUCCUUUWCAUUGUGCUUCUGGAUGAGACAAAGUUAUGCAUUGGAGUUCUGGGCUCAAACGAUUUUAUCCUACGCAAAUGAACAGUCCAUACAAGCGAUUGACAUCAAGAGUAUUGGAGGUUAUAAUAAUGGUGUUUUACUGAAAUACAUGGGGUCGCAUGUUUURUUUCCUACGUUUAACAUCAAGGACAAACGAUGGCAUCAUUUUUGUGUAUCAUACAACAAGGAUCGAAAUGAAAUGAUUGCAUAUGUGAACGGUGAAUUGAACACGAGGAAUAACGGUGGAAAAGGUUCUGUCAUGAAAGGAGGUGGCUGUCUCAUCGUUGGUUUUAAUCAAGCCAAUAAAUGUGGUCCACCAGAAUCGUCUGACGUUGGAUUCACUGGAAGACUGAGUCAUAUAAAUAUUUGGGACACAGAACUGAACCAUAUUAACGUCAAAAAAAUCUACAUGGGAUGCGAUAUGUAUGAUGGAAACGUGUUGUCAUGGAAACUGGCCUCGCUCAACCAAACUCUCGUUGAUGGAAAUAUCACACAGCCAUCAUCGGCAUGUACUCGAACGUACUUAUCAAGAACAUACAACUAUCAGUCUCACAGGAUAUUGAUUGGCCAUAGUCUAUCCCGUAACAGCGUGUCUACUUCCCUGGAAUGCGCACAAUUGUGUCUGAAGGAGAAAAGAUGCCAGUCKUUCAACUACUUUGGAGAGGUUCAUAACAAUUGUCAGCUGAAUGCUUCUAAUGAUAUCAAGAACCCUAGCAGCUUYAAAUACUCUUCUGGAGUCAAAUAUGGAACAUAUAUUGAUAAGUUGGAAAGAAUAAAUUCUCCGUAAGGACGAACCUCGAUAUAGUCAGCGAAGAAAUGCUUUCCCGCUUCAGGGGCGGAUUCAGGGGAGGUGCUUUGGGUGCGGACACAUCCCCCUUUUCGUACGACGUAUUUUUUUGUAUAUCAAUUUUUUUGUAUAUCACUAUAUUUUUUUCAGCUGUUUAUACUCCUGUUGUACUUUUAUCGAGAAAACGAGUAGCAUACAUAAAAUGUGUCUGCCACUAUGCACUAUUUGAGUAGUGUAGACAAAUUGUUGCAAUAAAAGUCAAUUUGCUACCGGUCAAAUUGUGCAUAAUUUUCUUGCUCUAGACAAUACGCAGCUAACAAUGAUCAGUUCCAUCUGAUAUACUUAGUAUUUGUAGACUAUUGUCAAUUUAUCAAUACAUUUCGUCACAGCUCUAAUGUUGGACGUUGUUUUGCUGUUAUUAAUUAAUGUAAUAAAUGCUGGCUUUACUGCA